UCAGUCUCGCUCGAUGUAUGUACAAUGUAAUGGCCUUGUUUUCACCUCACAUAUAGUAUAUAAUCCUAUAAUCUGUUGUUCUUCGUGGAUUGUUCUCCUUUCGGAUAUUCUAUAGUACAUUACGUAAACUUUAUACAUCAACUGUUAUUCCAUUUCCGGAUAUGGAUAACUAAUUUUACGGACAAAAAAUGAUAUUUGUCCACUAUAGAUUGUUUGUUUAAGUAUUUAACAGGCUGUUCCACGCGAGCCGACCAGUGAUAUCGUACUUAGACAACCGAUAUGGCGGUGUAUGUGUAGCGAUUGAUUUGUAUGUAGCUGUACAGAUAGAUCUAUUCGGCAAGGUCUGCUAUGGGAUUUGCAGUAUUCUAUUCAUAAUUAAUGGCGGGAAACCCCUGGCAACCUCAUCAUGCUCAGUAUCCGCAGCGAUCUCCGGCGCACGAGGAGGAGAGAGCGUAUCAGUCCCUACAAUCCCUCGGACCGUUUGGACAGGUGGAAGAUUCACAGGUAGGGGGAUUACGACUAAGUGAUCCGUGCCUGAUCAGAGACGAUUGUGAUGAACAGGUCGAACCUGACAACCGUUUAUCCCAGACACAGCUGCAGAGACACCAAAUGCAGCCUCAAUUGGCGGAAAACGAACAGCAAGAAUUGGCGGGAAGUGAACAAAAUCGACUUGUACCUAGAAAUCAGAGACGUGUGGACUUAGAACAGCUAGUGCGGUCCGAAAGUCCCGUGGAAUGUGGCCAGGCAGAGCAACCAGCGCCACCUCAUGUUCCUGUACAUACGGAACCGCCUACGUCAAAUCCGGUUCCCUUACAAGCACUACAUAGUUGCAAUAACGGUCAUCAUGGACAGCCUCCUUGUCUACAGAGCACACGACAGGGAUCUGAUACAUGCCGGCGACUGACACGGAGAGAUAUGGCUAUGUUGACAGCCCCACCCUCUGGGGAGGACGAGCAGCAACCAGAAGUGGUCAUCGAUGAAUACAUCGUACCCAUACUUCCCAUCCCCAUGGCAAUCGCGUGCUGUCUGAUGAACUUCGCAGUACCAGGACUAGGGACCAUGGUGGCGGGAAUGUGUAUGCCCUGCUGUGGGGAUGCCGAAGAGAUGUCACGGCGCCGGAAGUUGUCUUCUGGCGCAGCCGUAGUCGGUGUGGGGUUUCUACAGCUUCUUCUUACGGCCUGUUUCCUAGUCGGUUGGGUUUGGAGCGCCAUCUGGGGGUUAUCCCUCGUUGGCACAUCAUUGGACUACUACGAAAAGCCACGCGAAGUGUCAAGUUGGAGGAAUCGCGUCAACAGUGCGCACUCACAGUCAAACAGUACUUGCGCAUGCUUCUCUCGACCGCUGGGUUCCGGUAGAAGACAGCCUCGGUCUAAUUUUAUCUACCCGAUGCGAGCGCCAUCUGACAUCGACCGAGACAGUCCCCCACCGCCCUACGUCAUGUUUGCCACGCCCCCUCCUUCCUACAGCCCGCCUACCCCCGCUGACGGCGUAAACAGUUCCGCAGAAACGCCCCCGACACAAAAUUUGCCGGAAGCUAACGAGGCCCCAAACCUCAGGUCGGCCCUUCGGUGUGGCGUGUGUCAGAAGGAUUUCGUCACAGAAGAUCAUCGGUUUGCUUGUCGGCGGUGUACCGACAUUGUGUGUCGCCAGUGUUACACAAAACAGAUUCCAUUUCAAGGAGGAGAUUACGCCAUCGUGUGUGAUGUGUGUUACCAUGAACAUCUCGAGAUGGAGGCAGAAAUGGAGGAUAAUUUAUAGCCAUAGUCACAAAUGACUUCCCGCAUAUCUUUCAAAUAUUUUGGACUGAUUUAUGAGGGGCACCUUUUUCCUAAUUAAGUCCAAAAUAUAAAAUGUGCAUGUCAUAUUGUGUCUCCAGAAGAAUUAUAGUCGGCAGUCCUACUCGAUGAGUAACUUGCACGGGCAGUCAGUGACAAGAAAACCGGAAAAAUACUCUCGAAUUCAAAAAUGAGUUCGAUGUAAUUACAUGUUCGGCGUUCCUCGACUUUGUGAUAAGAAAGUUGCAUUGAUCUUGCUCAAAAAGAUGCUUAUUAACUCCGCGAGUAUGUUCUCGCAUAUAAACGUUCUGUCGAACGCGAUCUCUAACACACAGUUGUUUUUAAUGUGAUAGCAAUUUAUAAUGGUGCUGAUAUUGCUUUUCGUUUUAAAAUGUUAUUUUCGAAUGCGUUAUUUUCCGAUACAUGUCCUUCCUCAUCGCAACGAACAUACAUGUACUCUGAAGUUAGACACAAAAUGCAUGUGUGUUUCGUAUUUCGUGGUUUUGUUAUACGGGCGAAGUGAAUUUUCGCUGGCAUUUCUCACUGACUACUAUUGAAACCGCCGUCAAGAAUGUGGGUGACAUGGAAUGGAGGUUGAUCAGGGUAAAAAUGGAACUUGCUUCUAUAGUUGAUUAUAACUUAUAAACUAAGCACCUUACAAACUAGGAGUUAGCCACAGAGACACAGAGCCUGGUUAUGCUUUUUGCUUUCGGAAUCGCCAAACAAGUGUCCAAAUGUUGACACCCUAAAGAGUUUACUCUAUAUAUUGUAUCAUGUAUAACGCUUAAAGUCUGUGAAUUUCAUGUCUUUGUUGAGUUUUCUAUAAUCACAUUGACAUUGUGAUAUUUUUACUCUGUUUUUAAUCUCAUGGUGGUUAAUACAUAAUCUAAAUAUAGAUGACACAUAUAUAAAAAAAAGUCCUGUGACGAACGUUUAUAUUUCAAAAGUGUGGUAGAAUUUCAAUGUUUUCAUGAAUAUUUGGAAAUAUUGAGUACGACCAAGGCAUUGCCAAUAUCCAUAAUAUAUAGUGCUUUUCUGUGCGUGUUGUUACACGCUAGUGUGUUUUCAUUGUUUUUUUUUCAAAAAUAAAAUUUGUUAUCUUUCGCAAGUGGAAGAAGACAUCUUAUAAAGCGAUGAAAAGGGAAAGAUUUUGCCUAUAUCAUUGCAGAAUAAAUAAUACAUAGCGGUGUCAUGUGAUCCAUAUACCAUGUAUUAGUCAGCAGAUUCGAUCGCCUAAAAUAUGUUUUUUAUUAAUGAAAUAAAUCUUCAAUUAUUCAUAUAUAACUUGACCUCAUUGCGUUCC